GAACAGCUGAGAAUGAUGGCUCUGUGCAGUUACACACUUACAUCGUUUACACUGUUUACAUGCACUGCGUGUAAUUGAAAAUUAUUCGUAAUGCACGCGCAAGCAAAUAAAAGAGCUUUCAAUUAAAAAUGUGCGUUCUGUGAUAUAUAUCAUUGUAGAGAUUAUGUGUUACGUCUCGGAACGGAUCAAGUGCGAAUUUUGUUAUUUCGGGAAUGCGAAUGGCGCGGUAGAAAACUUCUAUUUGAUUCGACGACCGUGCAAAAGUACCAAAGUAAGAAUAAAACUAUAUGGACGGCGGUGAAUGACAAUGGGGAAGAAAACUGCAAGACUUCAUUCAACAUAAAGACUGCUCGCGAUUUCGAGCGAGAUAAAACGAUCGAGGAUGACGUAAACUUGCUGAGUGAAAUGGUGUUUGGCACCGUGGCGAUGACGUACAGAGGAUCGUCGUUCAAGGUUCAUUCAAUGAGUUCCCCGCCAUGCAUCAUGUGCACCAAAAUUUUUCCAGCGACGGAACAUAACACGUGCAAACCCAGUGAAAGAGUCUCCGACGAAGGAUUAGGACGAUCGAUGCAUGUAGAUUCUGCCUCUAGUAACGUUAGCGGACCAUCUAUUUUCUCGCGACCGAGUUCCGGUAAUCUGUCCGGUAAUGACUCGCACGGUGGUGCACGGAAAAGUUCGACGUGCUCGAGUAUCGGCAGCAGUUGGGACAUAGACGUAGCUCCGCCGAUGGGCAGUUCGCAAUCGUUGGAGAGUAACGGAUCGUCCGGCAUUGGCAGUCUAACCAGCUUACGCAGAAGAUGGUUGAGGGCGGUCUCGACUUCGCUCGGCCGAUCGGACUCGGACGAUCUUCGGGACGUCUUCGGGAUGCAGCACUGCAGUGAAAACGGGACCGACGGACGCGAUGGACACGCGAAGCGUCACAAAACCAGACUCGGUUUAACCAUGUUAGUGCGGCUGGCUCAAGGCCACGAGAGUCAGUUAGAGACGCGUCUUUUGGAACACAUGGCUCUCUUGGAAGGAAUGCUAGAUCGAAUACGAUAUUUUUGCAUCGAGGCUAGCAACGGGAUGCAGCUGGCUGAUAGAUUGUCCAGAGGAACGUCACGAUUUGUCAUUUCGUUGUUGCGCAUACUUUUCGACGUUAAUUCCGAUACCGGUAUCCGCGCUCCUUUGUUGUGGCACGACGUUUUACUCAACUCCGCGAUGAUGAAGGAGAAGACUAACGUAUCGCUCUUGUAUCGCGGUUUGCAGCAGAUGUAUCAUUUGUUCGACGAGCUCGACACAAAGUCCACAAAUUUUUUUCUCAGCACCGUCGUGACUGCCGUGUUAACGCAUCAUCUCGGUUGGGUGUACACCGUGCUAUCCCCGCGUGAUCGGCAAAUGAUUGAGAAAUUGGGCAGCUGGUACUCUUGUAAUCCAUUGUGGGCACAGCUUGGUGAUCUGUAUGGCGCACUAGGCAAUCCCCUCAAAGUGGUGCAUACCGUCGUCACGGGCGACUCUCGGAAGAGCGAUCUAAUUAAUUCCGUCCUGUCGUUUCUAUCCUACUUUAUCCGCAGCGGAGCGAUACGGAAAUGCCGAGAAUAUCGUUGUCUGUCGCAGCAAGAUGUGCAGCAGGCGACGAAUCUGUUGGAACAAGCGCGCAGCAAACGACCGUACUUGUUUAGCAAUAGGAGGCCAGCGUGCACGUUGAACGAUCGCGAUACCUUGAUCCAGAGAUCGCGCGUUCCACCAUCGCGCAAGCCGAUACGCUCGUCCGGCGAUCCUGCGAUCAACGACGUUAACGCGCCGCGAUAUUCGGAAGAACGGCCAAGGAUCUCGCGAUCGAUCAGCCCCUUCAAGCGUAGCGACACCGUAAAAUCCGAUCUCGACGCGUUCAUGACGAAAUCGACCGAGGCGUUAGCGGACUUGAAGUUUCCAGUGAAAGAGUUUCCAUUAUCCGAGAAUCGCGUGAGCGAAAAAUACGAAUCGGUGCAGGAUGCCCGAUUGGCGAAAGACAAGCAGGAGAGUUUCACGCGGAGCAGAGUGAAAAUAAUCGUUGGCGAAAUUGAAUCGCGAAAGAGCAUCACGCCGAAGGCGCCGAAGCCGCGAGAUCAUUCGGAGGAUCCGUUGCAAAACUUGGAGAAAAAACUGGAUGCGCACGGUAUCGAAGAGAGCCUCGCGACCGGCAAGUCCGAACAUCGUCGACUGCGGAGCGAUCCUAUCGACCCGCUUAAAACGCUUAAUUACAACAAAUCGCAAUUACCGUUUGACGCGGAUCACGGAUUCCUUGAUGAAUUCAAGGAAUCGCAGGUUUUCUUUACUCUCGGAGGUGAAGAUAAAUCUACGAAAUUACCGUCGAGACCGCGGCUGGGUAACAACUGUCAAUGUUCUUAUAUCUUUACGAGAGUGCCGAGUACGUCCGCGCAACUUCCGGAAGGCGUUCUCAGGAAGAUCAUCCAACGAAACUUUCCCGAAUCGUCAAAGGGUAUACAACCACCCCCAGGAGCAGCGUCCGCCACGGACGGCAGAUCUAUAGGCUUCUGCCUCAAGUGCAAUGGUCAAGGAUACGCUGCUUCGCAGGAUUAUGACGGUAGCAAGCAGGUAUUGGAAACACCGACAAACGCGACCGAGGUGUUGCGCACCUGCGGAAAUUCCGAGGGAGGUAGAAACGUGGAAUUGACGCGAUCAAACAGCCUUGAAGCUCUGAUGGAGGCCAGCAGCGUGGUGGAGUUACCAAUGCCACAGUCGAGAAAGAUCUCAGCGAGCAAAUCUACUUGGGCCGAGCAGAUAGGGUUCACGAAAACCCUUCUGCAAAACAGGAUAACGAACGACGAAGGCAACAUUUGCGACGCGGGCUACACGUGGGGUUUGGUGUUACAGGGCAUUACCAAGAGAAAGAAAAGGAGAAAAAGGAAGAAACCUUCGGAAAACGAAAAAGACAAUGAAACCGAGCCGGACGAGAAGUGGUGGUCGUGCAUGCGGGAGGAGGUCGUAGCAAGCGCUCGAUUGCCGACGAUUGAUCAACCAGUCGCGGAAGCACUUUGCGUGCUGGCCGAUCUAGACACGUGCCACGUUGGAAUCUUGUCGAAUAAUGCACCUUGCCAAAGUUCUCCCUUGCCAGUUGGAAUGUCGCGUCUGGUGUCCAACAUGUUGGAAUGCUUCGCCUAUGUAUGGCGUAAAUACCACUCCCCUACUCAUUGUAUAGCUAUUUUGGAAGCAAAACUAAGGGAAUUAUGGUUGCGAAGCGAAGUACUAGCAGAGAUGAUGAUGUCCGUGGAAGAAUGCGACGCCAACGUGAACAACUUGACCAAUGCUCUCGAUCUCGAUGCAGCCGACAUACCACUUUUACUCGCAGUCGCGACCACUCAUUCGCCGGAAAUAGCACAACGAUUUGGCCUUGUCCUAACUUGAAUUUCCUCGAUACAUUUAACUGAUUUGAUGCAAACACUUGAGAGUCAAUGUUAGGAUUAGGAUUAGAAGAAUUUGAUUGCUCGCAGAGUACAUAAGAUGUGUCUAAACAUAAACCGUAUAUCAUCUUGAAAAACUUACAGAAUAUAAUUUUAUUCGCGUGUUUAGCUAUGUCUCUUUCCCAAUAUCCUGUCAUUACACAGCUCUUGCAUAGCUCCAAAUCGGCGAUUGAUUCUCACUAAUGUAAUACAUAUUACUUGUAUCGAAUUUUUUACACGACUCGUACGAGCUUGACGUUGUACACUUGAUUAAUAAAAUUCGGAAUAACCGCCCUUUUUUAUUAUC